AUGGCGGCCCUCACUCGAUUCAUUUCUAAAUCAGCAGACAAGGCUCUGCCCUUCUUUGCAUUGUUAAGGGGAAAUAGAAAGUUCGAGUGGGGAGAGGAGCAAAGCAAGGCAUUCCUAGCCAUGAAAGAGCACUUAAAAAGCCUGCCCACCAUCACAAGGCCAGAAACUGGGGAUGUAUUGCAGCUAUAUGUCUCGGCCUCGCCGAAAACGGUCGCGGGUGUCUUAUUGGUAGAAAAGGAAAAAAGGCAACAACCUAUAUAUUUCAUUAGCCACAUUCUUAACGGUCCUGAGAGCCGUUACCAGUUGGUGGAAAAAAUGGCUUUGGCCGUAAUUAUCGCUGCCAGGAAGCUCAGACUGUAUUUCGACUGCCAUCCUAUCCAAGUCCUUACAAAUCAACCACUAGAUAAGGCUCUGCAGAGGAUGGAUAGCUCAGGCCGCUUACUGAAAUGGGCCUUCGAGCUUUCUGAGUAUGAUAUACUGUACAAGCCCAAGACCGCCAUCAAGGCACAGACCCUGGCAGACUUUGUUGUAGAAGCUUCAUAUGAAGAAGAUGAGACAGAGCAAAAGGAGAGUUGGCUGCUAGAGGUAGACGGAUCCGCCGCUGUUAGCGGAUUCGGGGCAGGAAUAGUAGUGACUAGCCCGGAAGGGAACAUCUACCAGUACGCCAUCAAGUUUGCAUUCUCAGCAUCGAACAAUGAAGCAGAAUAUGAGGCCACAAUCGUCGGUUUAAGAAUGUGUCUGGCAGCAGGCACAAAGAAUGUACUCUUUAAAACGGAUUCAAAGUUGGUCAAUGGUCAGUUAAAGGGAGAAUUUGAAGUCAGAGAGGCCAACAUGGUGAAAUACGUGGAAAAGGCGAAAGAGCUGAUAGCCCAGCUAAAUCACUUUGAAGUACAAGCGAUACCACGAGCUGAGAACACAAAAGCGGACGCCCUGUCUAAGCUAGCCAGUUCUAACUCAUUCAGCGUAGAAAGAACGGUUACAAUAGACAUACAGAAAGAGAAGAGUAUCACGGAGUAUGUAAUGAUCGUCAAUAGCGUAAACCAGCUGGGGGAAUGGUUCAGUGAGCUAGUGGCAUAUAAGCUGACAGGGGCACUUACUAACGAUCCCUCGUCCGCUAAAAAUUUGAGACGACAAGCGAGUUGGUACAUCAUAUACCACGACGAGUUGUACAAGAAAUCAUUCAGUUUACCUGUGCUUAAAUGUGCAACGGUCUAG